AUGUAUAACUUUCAUGGUUCAGCAUCUGCAUUUGCAGAGUACUGGAAUAAUACACAUGGAACCAAAGAACUUUCAAUUACUCGUGCUCAUGUCUGGCAAGCAUUUGUUCAACAAUCUGUUCGUACAAUUGCUGAGGAAUCUGGAAUUGAUGCUGAAUUUGAUGAUGGUUUGAACAUCAAAGAAGUUACUACUCAGGCAUUUUCACUUUUGGGAGAAGAUGGAAUUAUUAGAGCUUCUGAGAAACAUGCAUGUGAUGAAUGCACUCAAAAAUGCAGAGAGACUAGUGAUGCAGUUUUCAAUAAUCCAGCAGCUGUUGUUGGUGUUGAUGCCACAGAUGAUGAUAUUCCUGCCUUGGAAGGAGCACCUGAAGGAAUGGACAUUGAUGCACCUCAGGUCCCCUCAGAUGAUGAGAUGGAUACUGAUGAUAUCCCAAAUAUAAGGAUGGUUGUUCUUGAUGGUAUAGUUAUGGGUCCUCAGCACUGUGCAUAUGACAAUUGCACUAAUGAUCUCUCCAAUGCACGUGGUGGAUCACUCUCUUGGUUCUCAAUGCUUGCACCAACCAGAGUGGCGUAA